AUGAGCGACGCAGACGCCUCGCACAGCCGGGGCCACUCGAAUAACCCUCUCUUGGGUAAUAAUCCGCUCGUUUCAGAUCUGGAGCAGGAAGUGCUCGAGGAAUACGCUCGAUUGCUGCGGAAUGUCAACCAGCUCUCCGAUAAACUCGCCGACCUAGCUGGCUCCCCCGCCUCUAUGCCUCUCGAUGGUCUUCGUCUCCUUGAGCGCAAGACUGCGACUGUAUGCACUUUGCUCAAGGCCAGUGUGUAUAGCAUUGUCUUGCAGCAGCAGAUCUGGAAUGAGAAUGAAGAGCAACAGCAACAACAGCAAAACGAGGAUCGGCGUUUCCAGGACCAGGAGUACCAGCAUGGAGGAUAUGAGGGAGAGGGAGACAUGACGUUCCAAUAA